AUGAGCAUUAGGUCCGUGCAAGAUACGGUGAAAUCCCGGUUUGACUACGACGUCAAGCCGUUCAUCGCCGUCGAUGGUACCUUCUUGACUGGGCAGUACAAGGGAACACUAUUGGUGGCAAUAGCAAAUGAUGCGAGCAACCGCUUAGUACCAUUGUCUUUUGCAUUGGUAGAGGUUGAGAACAAUGAUAAUUGGCAAUGGUUUUUCCAUAUAUUGAGGACGAGGGUCAUACCACCCUCAAAGGAAGUGUGUGUCAUCUCGGAUCGUCAUCAAGGAAUUCUCAAUGCGGUGGAGCUUGACAUUCCCGGGCAUGCUCGCUUGCACCACCGAUGGUGCAUGAGGCAUUUUUGUGCAAACUUCUACCGGGCAUGCAAAAACAAAGAGGUGUCUGACCUUCUUCAAGAUUGUUGCCUCGCUUACUCCAAGCGCCGCUUCGCAAACCUAUACAACGGCUUGCUCAAGCACAAAGACCUCACCCCGAGUGGUUUAGAGUUUCUUCAGAGGCACCUUAUAUUUAACUCAAAGUGGGCACGAGCUUAUGAUGAGGAUGGGAGGAGAUAUGGCCAAAUGACAAGCAACAUGGCUGAGUGCUUCAACAAUGUGCUGAAGGGUGUUCGUGCAUUGCCCGUGACGGCAAUCAUUCAAUACACAUUCGAGAAGUUGAAUGUCUAUUUCCAGAACUACACCGAAGAAACGGAGAAGGAAAUUGCUAGGAACUGCGAGUUCCCAACGAAGGUUGAAGAGUUCAUGGAAUUUCAGGCGAGGAAGGCGGACUCCCAACGGCUACAUGUUAUGACAAUGUUAACUGGGUUUACCAAGUGA